AUGCCCGUCUUCAAGUCCCUGCAACCACCCAUUGAGAUGCCAUGGCAUCUCCCGGUGUGGACAUGGCUCUUCGAUUCAGAGUACAGUCCUAUGAGACAUCACAAGGCAGAAGACAUCAAGGGCUUCACAAACGCUGUCACCAAAGAGCACCUGAGCUACAUCGACCUGAAGACGCACACGACACAUCUUUCCACCGUGCUCGUGAAGAACUACGGCCUCCGGCAGGGCCAGACUGUCGCCCUCUUCUCUCCGAACACAGUCUGGUAUCCUUGCGCCAUGUUCGGUAUCCUACGGGCCGGAGGCGUGGUCAGCGGUGCAAGCCCAGCAUACAACGUAGAAGAAAUGACGUACGCGUUGAAGACCGCAGAGGCAAAAUUCCUCUUCACAGUCCCAAGUAGCAUGCAGAUUGCGGCAGCGGCGGCAAAGAAUGCAGGAAUACCGCAAAGUAACGUGUUUCUGCUCGAGGGCACAAUGGAAGGGUUCACGACAAUGAGCCAGUUGCUCGAGAUGGGCAAGAAGCAUGGGGCAAGCGGACAAAUCGAACAGUUCCGCCUCCCUCAUGGCAAGAAGAACAAGGAUGUCUGCGGGUUUCUCUCGUUCAGCUCCGGCACGACCGGUCUGCCGAAAGCAGUCAUGAUCGCACACUCGAAUGUCAUCGCCCAAUGUCUCCAGGUACAACAAAUCUCGCCCGACACAUUACGACGAAUUCUGGCCGUACUGCCACUGUUCCACAUCACCGGGCUCGUCCACCAGAUGCAUCUACCAGUCUUGCUUAACGCCAAUGUCUACAUGCUCCCAUCGUUCACUAUGGAUGGCAUGCUGCAAACCGUUCAAGACUAUAAGUUGGAGGAAAUGCUCCUCGUCCCUCCGAUCUUGAUCCGCCUGGUUCGCGACGAGAAGACACUCGCAAAGUACGACUUAUCUUCCGUGAAGCGAUUCUCCUCUGGCGCAGCACCCCUCUCUGCCGAAAUACUCGAACUUCUCAAGCAACGCUUCCCGGGAACGGGCUUCAAACAGGGUUACGGCAUGACAGAGUCAUGCUCCUGCAUCACGGCUCACCCGCCCAACAAGUACGACUACAAAUACGCCUCCCGUGUCGGCACCAUCGUCGCAUCCACGGAAGUCAAGAUCGUCGAUCCGGACACAGGACGGGAAUGUGGACUCAACGAGCCCGGCGAGAUCUGGGCACGUGGCCCACAGGUGGUGAUGGGCUACCUGAACAACCCCAAAGCCACGCGCGAGACCUUCGAUCAAGAUGGAUUUUUGCACACAGGUGACAUCGGCAGUAUCGAUGAAGAAGGCCUCAUUACCAUCACCGACCGCCUGAAAGAAAUGAUCAAAGUCAAGGGUAUCGGUGUGGCGCCCGCCGAGCUGGAAGAUCUCCUGUUAGGGCAUGAGGACGUCGAGGACGUCGCCGUACUGGGCAUCUUCGAUGACUACUCCGGCGAACGGCCCAAGGCCUACGUCGUGCUGAAACCUUCGAAACGCUCGGACGACCCUCAAGCCAUGGGGAAGAAACUCAUCAAGUAUGUGCAGGAGAAGAAGGUCAGGCACAAGUGGGUUACAGAGAUUGAGUUCGUGGAAGAGAUCCCCAAGUCCCCAAGCGGCAAGAUCUUGAGACGAGUCUUGAGGGAUAUGGCCAAGAGUGGGAAGAAAGGCGUUGUUGUCACGAAUGACAGGGAGAGGGCGAGGCUGUAA